CCCUAAAAAGCGACGCCUUCCCAAACUGCACAACUUCAAGAAGGCGCGAGGACAAGCAAGUUGCGUGUCAAAACAGAGUCUUGGUUGUGCAAAGUGAAGCGCACCACCAUGGCUGAGAAAGCUGCCCCAGCUGGGCCGGCUGCUGAUCUCCUCGAUGACAGCAGCUUCGAAGAGAUGGGCCUGGACGCCCGCCUCCUUCGGGCUCUCGUUAAGAAGGGGCUCAAGCAGCCAACGGCGGUGCAAGCAAAAUGCAUACCCCUGGCGCUGGAGGGCAAGGACAUUGUUGCACGAGCGCGCACAGGAUCCGGCAAGACUCUCGCAUAUCUCUUGCCUCUUCUGCACAAGAUUGUUUCCGAGCUAGCGGAGGAUGGGAAUGGGGGGAAGAGGGGCCUCAAAGGCUUGGUCCUGGUUCCAACCAGGGAGCUUUGCCAGCAGGUCCAAGACGAGGCCGCCAGCAUUGCAGAGUACUGUGGUGGCUUGAUUAAAGUUGCUCAGCUGACGGCCACUAUGAACGCGGCCGCUCAGAAAGCUGUGAUGGCGGCGUCGCCUGAUGUUCUGGUGGCCACUCCGGGGCGGGUGGCCGCCUGCAUCCGUGAGGGCACCCUCACUGUGGCGGGGCUGCAGCAAAGCCUGGAGACUCUGGUCCUGGACGAGGCUGACUUGCUGCUGUCGUACGGUUACGAGGAGGACCUGAAGCAGCUGGCGCAGCAAGUCCCGCGCAGGUGCCAGUGCCUCCUCAUGUCGGCCACAACCAGUGCUGAUGUAGAUCGUCUGAAAAAGCUGGUGCUCCACAAUCCAGUGACCCUCACUUUGACUGAGGUGGAAGGGGCGGGAGGAUCUGGCAUCUCGAGAACAGUGCAGCAGUUUGCGAUUCGAUGCCCAGAGCACGAUAAGCUGCUGUACAUGCUUGCGCUGCUCAAGCUGGGACUUAUUCAGAGAAAGGCCCUUGUUUUUGUGAACACCAUUGACACCGGCUUCAAGCUGAAGUUAUUUCUGGAGAAGUUCGGCAUCAGGACAGCGGUCCUGAACUCAGAGCUCCCCCAGAACUCGCGCCAACACAUCCUCCAGGAGUUCAACAAGGGUCUCUUUGACUACCUGAUUGCUACGGAUGCCAUCAAAGUCGGGCCAUCGAAGGCCAAGAAGAAGAGCAGUAAAGAGGGUUCGAAGGGUCAGGAGAAAAGCGAGGAGGGCGAGAACAAGGAGGGGGGUGAGGAAGCAGAGGGAGAGGCGCAGCCGCCGAAGAAGAAGAAGCGGCGGCUGGGGGACCAGGAGUUUGGCGUAGUGCGGGGGAUCGACUUCAAGAACGUUCGGACGGUGGUUAACUUCGACCUUCCAGACACGCCCUCCGGUUACGUCCACCGUAUCGGUCGGACAGGGCGAGCCGGAAGCACGGGUACUGCAGUCUCCUUGGUUCGACCAGAUCAGGCGGAGCUGAUAGGGAGGGUGGAGUCAGCACUGGCGGCGAGCGGCGACGAGAGCGAGGGGGAGGAGGAGCCGCCGUCCGUGGCCCCCGGGAGCAUCAUUGGAGACUUUCCGUCGCUGACGUCACAGGCUGUUGAGGCGCUGAGGUACCGAGCAGAGGACAUAGCUCGCAGCGUGACGAGGGUAGCCAUAAAGGAAGCACGGGCAAAGGAGCUUAAGUUAGAGAUUCUAAACUCCGAAAGAUUGAAGACCCACUUCGAAGAUAACCCGGUGGAGCUGGAGCUGCUGAAGCACGACAAGCCCCUCCUGAAGCAGGCUGCCGCGCCGCACCUGCGGACCAUCCCCGCUUACCUGGAAGACCCCACAGCCAAAGCCGCAGCGUCCGCCGUCAAUGCGGCGCGCCAGGCCAUGGGGAAUGACGGCCAGUUCUUCGCGCGGAAGCGGCUGAAACGGAAGAAGGACAAGGACAGCGACCCGCUCAAGAGCUUUGCGUUCACGAGGGACAAGAACGAUGACGACGUUCCGGAAGUGGCAGCGGCCCUGGAAGGAACCCUGUGGUCGAAGCAGAAACGGAGGCGAGGGAACAACAAGGAUGAUCGCGGCAAGAAGCCGGGAGGUGAAAGAUACAAGCACUUCAAGGAGAACGUGAGAAAGAAGGGGUCCAAGAAACGGACAUGAGGGCGCUAGGAUUGUAAGCCCGUAGUCUAUUCUCAAUCAUGGAGUCAUUUCGUGUCGCUUUUCAAGUCAACGAGCCUUGCUUCUGCGACCUUGAUAUUGCUCAAGGGGAUGUUACAUUCAGGCGCAAUCUGGUUGAGCCUUGAGAGCUUGCCAGGAGUAUCGUCCACUUCCUACGAAUAUGCUCGUGAGAGCCCAUUUCAUCUUUUCGCUGACGUUAAUCAGUGCAAAUCAUUCAAGUUGUUA